AAUUUGAUUAAUCCCUAUAAAGUCAGAGCUGAAACUCCAACCCUUUUUUGAUCGGACUGUGUGAUAGAAAAAGAGAAAAAAAAAUGGGCUCUGGGUGGUCAGAAGAGCAGGCUGCACAGUCGCAGCCGCCACCGCCAGCCACUGGCAGCGCCGCCAGCCACGGCGGAGCAAAGGUGGCAGAAGUGAAGCAACUGGGUCAUGGGUUGGAAGCUAUUCUGAAAGAUGCAGACUCCGCAGUGGACAGAUCCUCCAUGGAUAAGCUUCAUGAUCAACUCCAUGCUGGAAUCUUCUUGAACAAAAGAACAAAGAAAUAUUGGAUGGAUAAGAAGUCAAACAGUAACUGUUUCAUGUUAUUUCCAAGAGCUCUCUCAAUAACUUGGUCUGAAGAGAGCAAGUACUGGAAAUGGAAAGCCAUGGAAGAGUCAAGUAACCCAAUUGAAGCCAUAGAGCUUGUAAACGUGUGUUGGCUUGAAAUCCAUGGGAAGAUCAAGGCAUCUGAGCUCUCACCAGGAGCAUGGUACGAGGCAGCAUUUGUGGUGAUGAUCAAAGAUCCAGCCUACGGAUGGGAUGUUCCAGUGAACAUAAGGCUCAAGAGGCCAGAUGGGAGCAAGCAAGAGCGCAAAGAAGACAUGGAGGAGAAGCCACGAGGGCGGUGGGUCGAGAUCCCGAUAGGCGAUUUCACGGUACAAGAUCAUGACAACGGUGGCGAGAUCGAGUUUAGCAUGUAUGAAUAUGAAGGAGGGCAAUGGAAGAAGGGGAUGUUCCUCAAAGGUGUUGUCAUUCGAACCAAGGGAUCAGUUUGAGAAUGGUAAAAAAUGGAACUCACAGACUACUUGUAUUUUGGUUUAUAAUUAAGUAAGAGUAGAACCUUUUUCAUACCAACUCGCAACUAGUUGUGUUGUAUAAAAAAUAACCUGUUAUUCUCUGA